AUGUCCAGGCUGCAAGCGAAGAGCUUUAGGAGGAAAUCAUCUCACAGCCACAACAACAGGGUGCCGCGGCGGUGGCCGUCCAGGCUGGUGGACGGCUUCAGGAGGAUGCUGGUGGGGCUCUUCUCCUUCCCGCCGCGGCCGCCCAAGGUGACCUUCUCCUCCGUCGACGACCACCGUGCCGGUGCAGGGGUAGCAGGAGGAGGAGGCGGCGGAGGCGGCGACGCGUCCAAGCGGUCGUCGUGGAGCAGCUCGAACCUGCACCCACUGAACGCGCACUACGACGAGGCCAUUGCCGACUGCGUCGAGUUCUUCAACAAGUCCGCCAGGGUCGACCUCAGGUCAAGGCCACACUUUUGA